AUGGGAAUACACCGCAUAGCCACAUUGGACCGGGGAAGCAGAAGAGGCAUCCAAGCACGAGUCUUUUCAGACAAAGAGCUAACUCAAAACGAGAAACACAAAGAAUACAUGAGAGCAGUAAAGGAGGUAAAAUUAGAUCACAUUUUUAGAAAGCCGUUUAUUGACUGUUUGGGCGGGCACACAGAGGGAGUCACCCGCAUAGUAAGGUCUACAAUGCAGGGAGAGCUAUACGCAUCCACCAGCUAUGAUGGAACUGUGAAAGUAUGGAACAUGAGCAAGCGCGAGGAGAUGGAGACAAUUUCUCUCAAUCAAAAUACCCCGGUUGCCCUAUCCUUUCUGAACGAUGCUCUGCUGUACAGCAGCGGCUCAAAUAUAUUUCACCGAGAUGUGAAGUAUUCAGAUGUUCUCACUGGUGUACAGGAGAGCUUGGGAUCACCAGAUGAGACAGAGUUUAUUGCUGGGUCGGGUGUGUUAGACAUCGCCGGCGCAGGAGGCACGCAGUUCUAUGCAUCCACUGUAGAUGGAAUUGAGAUAUUUGACAAAAACAGAAUAAAAGCUGUUGCCAGCUAUAAAGGAGAAAGGCAGGCCAAAAGGCUGUACAUAAGCAAGAACGACAUGCCUCUGGUAUAUGCGAUAGAAGGAAAUAAGAUUGUAGGGUACGACAACAGAACAGGAAAGAGUGAAAUUGAAAUCGUAGCAAAGGCUGAGAUAAACGCAAUGUCAAUUGAUCCUAUGUCACCGGAGACAAUAGCUGCUGGAACAAACAACGGAGAGAUAUACAUGUACAAUACGUACUACACAGGAAAUAGUUCAACGUACAUUACGCCUCCUUCAAGGACGCUCCGUGGGCACACCACUGCGAUAACAGAUAUUGAGCAUUCAGCGAAUGGAACAAGAAUAGUAACUGGUUCAACAGAUAGAACAGUCAGAAUAUUCACCAACGAUGUAACGCACAGACAAGAAGCACUCUACCACAACCGGAGAAUGCAGGGUGUAAAUGCCAUCUGCUGCACAAGUGACAAUGCAUACAUUCUUUCAGGGAGUGUUGAUACAAACAUACGAAUAUGGAAAUUAGACCCAAAUUCCAGCACCAAAAUAUGCACACGAGCGGAAGAAGACUCAAGAGCACUUGGAAAUGUUGUAAAAAACAAGUACAGAGAUGUAAUGCAGAUAGAAGAUACAAAGAGGCACCAGAUAGUCCCCAGAAAGAUCAAGAAGGCCAUGAAGAAUAGAUACAACCAUAUAAAGGCAGAAGCAAAGAAAGAGCUUAGAAGGCAGAACCAUGGUAUAAUUCCAGAGGAACUACAAAAGAAAUAAGACAGUAAUAAAAUACCCC